CGCGGGCGUAGGACGUCACGGGCGGCAGGGCGGCGAGAGGUGUUUCGACCGCGGUCUCCACACGUCCGUCGCUCGGACCCCUGCCUCGGAAGCUGCUUUCGGGGCAGGAGCUGAGGGCACACUCCGAGACUAGCGGUAUUUCUUAGAGAUUGAUGGAAGCAGAAACUAAAACUCUUCCCCUGGAGAACGCAUCCAUCCUUUCAGAGGGCUCUCUACAGGAAGGACACCGAUUAUGGAUUGGCAACCUGGAUCCCAAAAUCACAGAAUACCACCUCCUCAAGCUCCUUCAGAAAUUUGGCAAGGUGAAACAGUUUGACUUUCUCUUCCAUAAGUCGGGUGCUCUGGAAGGCCAGCCCCGAGGGUACUGUUUCGUUAACUUUGAAACCAAGCAGGAGGCAGAACAAGCCAUCCAAUGCCUCAAUGGCAAGCUGGCACUGUCUAAGAAACUGGUUGUACGCUGGGCCCACGCUCAAGUCAAGAGGUAUGAUCAUAACAAGAAUGAUAAGAUCCUGCCCAUCAGCCUUGAGCCGUCAUCAAGCACUGAACCUGUUCAGUCUAACCUCAGUGUCACUGCAAAGAUAAAGGCCAUUGAAGCAAAGCUGAAAAUGAUGGCAGAGAAUCCUGAUGCAGAGUACCCGGCAGCACCUGUCUAUUCUUACUUCAAACCACCUGAUAAAAAAAGGACUACUCCUUACUCUAGAACAGCCUGGAAGUCUCGAAGAUGAUGGCUGGGAAUUACCAGAGCAACAAAAGCAAAUGAAUGGUCUCCAUGUCCGAAGUCCUUCGCCUUUGUACUUUGUAGAUGUGAAUGGUACUACCAACAGAGCACAAUCUCUUGUUAGGGCUGGUCACAUGACAUUUUGGGUAUUCAUAUGGAUGUGUCUUCCCUGAACUGUGUGGAACUGAGCAUCAUCCAGAAUAAAUAGGAAUGUGUCCAAACUGUGAUUUGAACACUGAGAUGUUCUAGUUGGCUGCUUUGUUUGGAUUUGUAGCUCCAGAAACACAGUGUGUCAGAGAGAAAAACAAGCAUAUGAAGUUUAUUUAAAUCAGGAAGCUAAAUUUAUUAACAUCCACCAAAAUUUUUCAGCAUUUUUACGUAUACACAUCUCUUCAACAUAAAAAAAUAAUAAGGGUGGGAAGUGAGACAUUCUCAGACAUUUUUAGAACUGAUUGAGAAUUUACUGUGGAAAUCCUUCAGUUGGACUAAAAAGAGAAUUCUUGGCAAAAACCAACUGAUCCUUUGAGUGAAUGUUAUAGCAAUCUGUUUAAGAAUUAUGCUUAAUAUUUCCAAAUCUCUAUUAGGAAAAUGUGGUGUACGUCUUAAAAUUGUUAUGUCAACAAGUGUAGAAUCACAGUUAGCAGUUUCUACCACGACAGAUACUCUCUUUGGAAAUCCGGCUUUUAUUUGGUGGCAAUCAUGGUUUUGAAGCUGAGUGACUUAGCCUUCUGUAAUGCCAAAUGCUAUUUUCAACCUGGAUUUUAAUACACUUACUGCAUGAGAUUGUUUUAUAGCAUGAGGUUGUUCCAAUUAGAAGCGUAUCAUGAUCAAUCUAAGUAGUAAAGCAAAAGUUCACUAUAUUGGUCACUCUAAAACAUGACUUUCUUACAGUCCUGUUGGGACGUAGGAAGCAGCUGAGUGACCUUGUGCAGCUCAGAAGGGCAGGGCAGUGAGCACCCAGAGUCAGGAUGGCCAGUGCUCAGGCACCAAGACCGUAACACCAUAACCACAUUGUUCUGUCGUUCCGGAAGACUGCACGGCUUGAAAACGAGCCUUACUCUGUCAGCAUGCUUCUCUGCAGACACCUUCGUGCCUGUGGAAAUACUGAAUAUGGUAGUGUAGAGACGUGCAUAAACGGACAGCCUUGGAGGGGUGUUUGUUCAGCUCAGUGUUGAUCGUUUUGGAGCCAGGCCUGACACACUGUUUCUUUAGCAUUCUUCACUGGGCAAAUCACUGUCACCACAGGUGCCACCCAUGAUGACUUGGAUUGUAGAAACUCAAGUCUCCCUGGGGUUAAGACACUUGACCUCUGAGGUUUCAGUAUCCACAGAACUGCUUCAGAGGAAUUCUUACCACUUUUCCCAAGGCCCGUCUUUUUAGCUAUCUUUAGGUACUGAAUCUAUCCCAAAUUUAUUAGUUGUGUGUAUCUAUAAUGCAGGAAACUCUCCUUCACCUUGGGAGCUCGUUCAGGGAAGUGGGAAAACUGGCUCCUAUCUGUCUGGUUACUUCUCAGUAUAGAAUUCACCGUUUCACCCUUAAGUUCAAAGGGUUGUGGUGGAGUAGAACUUGAUGCCAAUAGCCUUCUAUUUUUAAUAGGAAUCUAGAGAAUACUUAGGAUUAUCUAGAGUUGUUUCUUUAGAAACUAGAACUAUUUAUUUGUAUUUAAACAAUGUCUAUGAUUUGUACCAAUUCUUACCCCUCUAUGUGAAUAAACUCAAGACGGUA